AUGGCCACGACGGAGGCGACGAGCAACAGGUUGACCACACGCCCCGCCCCCGCCUUGCCCGCACGCCCCGCCUCCCCACCUCUGCCCGGCCACGCGCGCGCCAAGGCCACCCCCGCCUUGUCCGCUCGCCUCGCCUCGCCAGCUCCGGCCAGAGCGCCCGCCCCGGCCUCGCCAGCUCCGGCCAGCGCCCGCCCCGGCCUCGCCCGUUCCGGCCACGCACCGGCCACCGGCGAGGGCGCCGUGGAGUGCGCGGACGCCGACGUCGAUGGUCCGAGCCGGCGCAGUGCCCGCGCUCGUGCUUGCCGUGGCAGCCGCACCCAUGGCCGCGGCGAGGAGCCACUUCCGCUGACCACGCCCUCUGCUCCUUCUCGCUUCUACUGCGCCAUGCUCGCCCCCACCGUUGCUGCCCCCUGCUGA